CCGGCUCCGGGCCCACCGGGUCGCGCGUCCGCGCCGCUGCGCCCAGCGGCUGCUUCCGGCGCGCCGCCCUUUGACCCGGAAGUGGCCCGGGAGGAAGCAGCUGGUGAUGCUGGAACCAACAUGGCGGCCUGGGCGCCCCUCGGGCCCUCGGGCUCCCGCCGCUGCCGGCCGGCCGCCGGCCUCCCGCUGCUCCCGCUGCUGGGGCUGCUGCAGCUCCUGGCCGAGCCCGGCCUGGGCCGCGUCCACCAUCUGGUGCUGCAGGACGACGUGAGGCACAAGGUGCAUCUGAACACCUUCGGCUUCUUCAAGGAGGGCAGCAUGGUGGUCAACGUCAGCGGCAUCAGGGUGAGCGACCCUGGAGCCAUAUCGAAUUCUGAACAGGUGGGGUUCAGCCUGGAUCGCACGAAGAACGACGGCUUCUCCUCAUACCUGGACGAAGACAUGAACUUCUGCGCCUUACAGAAGGCCGUGAUCUCGGACACCCACCUGAUCCUGAACUUCCCCAGAAGCGUAGUGCAAGUGGAAUCCCCGCCAGGAGCUGGGACUCUCUUACCCAGGAUCGUCGUGAGCAAAGACCCGAGGGUGCUGGGCCAGGGCCAGGGGCCUGUCGCGGGCAAUCAGACCGAUGGAAUGCCAGACAGCGAAGAGUCGAAAGGAAGCACAGAAGACACGAAGGCAGUGGAGAGGAACGAGCUUCCUGUCUUCAGCAAUAACGGGGCGCUGUCAUUCCAGUUUUAUUUCAAUGUCACCAACGAUGACCAGGAAGGCCUCUACAGUCUUUAUUUUCAUAACUGCAUCAGGAAGGUGCAGCCGGUUGGUGGCAGGAAGUUCUCGUUCAGUCUGGAUAUUAACAUCAGAGAGAAAAAUCCCGACAGCUUCCUGUCCGCUGGAGAAAUCCCUCUCCCGAAAUUAUACAUCUCCAUGGCCCUUUUCUUCUUCCUGUCCGGGACCGUCUGGAUUCACAUCCUCCGCAAACGACGGAACGAGGUGUUUAAGAUUCACUGGUUGAUGGCGGCCCUGCCUUUCACCAAGUCUCUCUCCUUGGUGUUCCACGCGAUCGACUACCACUACAUCUCCUGCCAGGGCUUCCCCAUCGAGGGCUGGGCCGUGGUCUACUACAUCACUCACCUCCUCAAGGGGGCGCUGCUCUUCAUCACCAUCGCGCUCAUCGGCACGGGCUGGGCCUUCAUCAAGCACAUCCUCUCUGACAAGGACAAGAAGAUCUUCAUGAUCGUCAUCCCGCUGCAGGUGCUGGCCAACGUGGCCUACAUCAUCAUCGAGUCCACGGAGGAGGGCACAACAGAGUACGGGCUGUGGAAGGACUCCCUUUUCCUGGUGGACCUGCUGUGCUGUGGGGCCAUCCUCUUCCCCGUGGUGUGGUCAAUCAGACACUUACAGGAAGCCUCAGCCACAGACGGGAAAGCUGCCAUCAACCUCGCUAAGCUGAAGCUCUUCCGGCAUUACUAUGUCCUGAUCGUGUGCUACAUCUACUUCACCAGGAUCAUCGCCUUCCUCCUCAAGCUGGCUGUGCCCUUCCAGUGGAAGUGGCUCUACCAGCUUCUGGACGAGACGGCCACGCUGGUGUUCUUCGUCCUAACGGGGUACAAGUUCCGGCCCGCUUCCGAUAACCCCUACCUCCAGCUUUCUCAGGAAGACGACGACCUGGAGAUGGACUCAGUGGUGACGACGUCGGGGGUGAUGGAGAGCGUGAAGAAGGUGCGGAAGGUGACGAACGGGGCCCUGGAGCCUCAGGGAGACUGGGAGGGCUCGGCGUGAGCCCGCUGGACUCACCCACCAGUGUUCCCGCCUGCCCGCCCGCCCGCCAGCCCCGAACCCUGCCACGGACCUUUGAAGAGACCCAGGCUGGACUCCGGCAGGGUGCGGGCGCAGGCGGAUAAAAGGAAGGCUUUGUCUUUAAUUUAUAUUUCUUUGUACUUUCCUUGGGGGCUCUGGAGGCUGCAGCUGUGGCCCGGCCCCCUGCCUGGAGCGGAGAGUGGGGGGCGAGGGCAGCUGGCGCGAGGCUGGGGAGAGAGGACGCGGACGCGGGGCUGCCACAAAGGAGCCUGGGGUCUCUCAGCAAGGAAAUCAGCCCCUGCGCCGGCCCCGAGCCCAGAGCUGCCAGGGGACUUGAUGGGUCCCCCCUGCUGGGCACCCCGCCCCCCCCCCCGCCAACGCUGUUUGGGGGGCCGGGGCAGACGUUUGCACACAGGCCGGGCACACCCCGAGACACAGCCCAGACGGAGGCUCUGGGCCCGUCCCUGCGAGGGAGCUGCGCCCACCUCCCGUGUGGUGCAGACCGCUUGGCCGCAGUGGUUCUCCAGGUUUUCGGGGUGCGUGGCUGGGGGUGGCCUGCUGCCGGGUGUGUGAGAAUCCGCUGACUGGCAGUGCGGGUCCUGGGGGAGGCCAGGACAGGCCAGUCGGAAGGGGUCCCCGGUGUCUGCCGAGCUUUGGAAGUGCUCUGGUUUCGGCUGCCUUGGGGCUGUGCCCGGGAACCCCCCCCUCCAAUCCCACCACCCCCAGCAUUGCAGACACAUCCUGUCCUGUGGCCUGCAGGGACGCUGCUGGCUGUGGGGGUCUGGGCCUGUCCCCAGCCAGGCUGGAGCCCCAACCCCAGGGCUCUCCCGGCCCUUCUGGCUCCUCCCACCGCUGAGUGGCCAGAGCAGGGUUCAGACUCACUCCCACCCCACUCCUUGUCCCUCGCCCCCCAUCCCCCCACCCCUUCCCUUCCCCCACUCAGCCCAUGUGGGUGCCCUGGGUCCCUGUGUGGCCUGCCCGCAUUGGGGAGCGGGGGCACUGGGUCGGGUCCUGUGUGUGUGUGCCACACAUGGCGACCUACCCCCUGUGGGCAACAGUGGGCCAAGGACUGCCAGCUGCCAGCCGGGGCGCGCAGGGGUCUGUUUGUCUGUAAUAAACUGUGUAU